UAGCAGCGAUGGAGGGCGGAGACGAGGGUUUCUAUCAGCAACACUAAACUACCAUGACAGCAACACGUGUAGAGGUGACAGGACGUUAUUGACCACUUGGCCUCCAUGAAUGGAAGGAGAGAGAGGACGUUAGCUUCAAAGUUACUGCAUCAUGCUGAGCAGAACGGAGAGCGCCCAGCUCCUCAGCAUCCCUGGCAGGCCUCUGACAGUUCGUGCUGGCUGCCCUCCCAACCGGCCCUUCCAACGGGACGCCAGCUGGCCCGCUGCUGCCGCCGCCGCCGCCGCUCCACCAUCAUCACCGGGGUGGCUGGCUGAGUGAAGACAGGGCGUAUGAAGGAGAGCGAGAGAAGACGGGAGCUGCCAGCUCGCACCAUCCUCACCCGCUCACUGAGAUGUUAAAUCUGUUGUCGGCCUCGCCGUCUCUCGGCGGCGGCAGCGGCGGCUUGCAGAUUUGUAUGCAGACGCAUCCAGCAGCUGCGCCUCUCCUGCCUCUUUCCCUGACGCCGAGCGCAGCCUCCCAUACAGAUGAGCGCUGGAAAGCCACGCACCUCUUGACGUAGAGCCCACAGACAGACCGACCGGUUUGCGGUUGCCACUCGGUCUCCGUUGCACGUAUAUUGCGCAACGUGACCGAUGCUCAACCAGCUCCUCACCACACCGUCACCGCGUGGAUUCAUUUCGAAAAAAAAGUGGGUCUCAUAACAUAACGCACCGAGACGGAACAGCGGAACAUUGCUGUAUUUGCUUCUAGAGGAGCCAUCCAUCCAUCCAUCCAUCCACCGGAGGCUGCUGGACCCUCCUCCUCCUCCUCUUGUUGUGUCGUUGCCGCCGGGAGAGAUGAGUCGAGCGUCGGGAGGUGCAGUCGUGAUGUGACUGUGUGAGCGCACACAGCUUUUGUUCCACUGUAUAGUAUCGAGCGACAAGGUGAAAACAGUGAGAUUUGGAGUGUGUUUUGAGGUGAUGACAGCAUGCAGCUGCAGCAGUGGAGCGAGCCGUGACCACCGCUGGAUGUGAGGAGCUAUGUCCGCGGGUACCGAGCCUCCGUCCGCCUCUAGUCGACAGCAUCCCUCGGUCUGGUGCCUCUGGGGUCUUCGCUAAAGACGCAUCAGUGGAGCACCUUACCUACCUGGAUUCAGAGGUUUGCUUGUUUGGUUAUAUAUAUAAAGGCCGGGCUCUUUCUGCUGCAGCCUCCUCCGCGUCUCCACCACCACGACAUGCGGAACAUGAAAACAACCACCACCACCUGAGUCUCCUCCUGCGUCCAUAAUAAUCCUGACACUAUAUUUAAUCGAGGAUCGGAGCCCUCUAUAUGCGCCUCAGCUCCACCGCCCCACAGGACAGGACUUCUUUGCCAUUGAGAGAUCUGGAUAUGCAGAGAUUAACGUGAGAGAGGAUGAUGAUGGAUCUAAUUAUCUGCGUUUUGGGGCUGCUGGCGCUGCUGCUCGUGGAGGGCGUCCGCUGCCAAGGAGUGUACGCACCUCCGACCGUCCGCAUUAUCCACUCAGGGCACGCCUGUAACGUCGAGGAGGAGAGGCACACGGAGAGAGUCUACACCAUCAGAGAGGGAGAGACGCUGGAGCUCACCUGUCUGGUGACGGGGCAUCCUCGACCUCAGAUCCGGUGGACCAAGACAGCCGGCAGCGUGUCGGACCGCUUCCAGGACUCCAGUGUGUUCAACGAGACGUUGCACAUCUCAAAGAUCCUGAGGACCCAGGGAGGUCGCUACUACUGCAAGGCUGAGAACGGCCUCGGAUCGCCUGCCAUCAAGUCAAUCAGGGUGGACGUCUACUACCUUGAUGACCCGGUGGUGACGGUGCACCAGAGUAUAGGAGAAGCUAAGGAGCAGUUCUACUACGAGAGGACUGUGUUCCUGCGCUGCGUGGCCAAUUCCAACCCGCCCGUCCGCUACAGCUGGCAUCGCGGGAGAGAGGUCCUGACGCAGGGCUCGGACAAGGGAGUGGAGAUCUACGAGCCGUUUUUCACUCAGCAGGGGGAAACGAAGAUUUUGAAGCUGAAGAACCUGCGGCCUCAGGACUACGCCAACUACAGCUGCGUCGCCUCCGUCAGAAAUGUGUGUGGGAUCCCUGACCGCAGUGUGAUCUUCAGACUCACCAAUAAGACAGCCUCGCCGUCCAUCAAGCUGCUGGUGGAGGAUCCCAUCAUUGUUAAUCCCGGCCAGACGGUAUCCUUGGUGUGCAUCACCACAGGCGGAGAGCCGCCCCCCAACCUCAACUGGAUCAGCAGUAACGACAGCCUGCCUCAAAGGAGCGUGGUGAAGGGCGGCACGCUCACACUCCCGGCCAUCACCUCAGACGAGGCGGGGGUCUACAGCUGCGUUGCCAGCAACAACGUGGGAAACCCGGCCAAGAAGUCCACCACCAUUGUGGUGCGAGCUUUGAAGAAGGGGCGUUUCUGGAUCACUCCCGACCCCUACCACAACGACGACAACAUCCAGAUUGGACGUGAAGUCAAGAUAUCUUGUCAGGUGGAGGCGACCCCACCGGAGGAGCUGACGUUUAGCUGGCUGAAGAACGGCCGUGCCCUGCGGAGCUCAGAGCGUAUGGUCAUCACCCAGACAGACCCCGACAUCUCCCCCGGGACCACCAACCUGGACAUCAUAGACCUCAAGUUCACCGACUUCGGCACGUACACCUGCGUGGCGGCGCUGAAGGGAGGAGGCAUCCCCGAGAUCAGCAUCGACGUCAACAUCUCCUCCACAACUGUUCCCCCCAACCUGACAGUCCCCCGGGGCAAGUCCCCGCUGGUGGCCCGCGAGGGUGACACAGUGGAGCUGGAGUGCCUUGUUUCAGGGAAGCCCAAGCCCAUCAUCCUGUGGUCGCGAGCCGACAAGGAGGCGCCCAUGCCGGACGGCAGCAUGCAGAUGGAGAGCUACGACGGCGUGCUGCGUAUUGUUAAUGUGUCCAGGGAGAUGACGGGCUCGUACCGCUGCCAGACCAGCCAGUUUAACGGGUUCAACGUGAAGCCCCGGGAGGCCGUGGUGGAGCUCAUCGUACAAUACCCUCCGACGGUGGAGCCGGUGUACAUGGAGAUGCGUCAGGGCCUGGGGAGGCCGGUGGUGAUGACCUGCAGAGUGCUGCGAGCCCACCCGUCCCGCGUGUUGAGAUUCGAGUGGCUCCUGUCGAACCGACUGCUCCACGCCGGAGCCUUCGACGCCCAAAGAGACGAGACGGAGUACACCAUCCGCAGCCUGAAUCGAGACGGCUGGGGGGAGUACACUUGUAAUGUCAUCAACGAGGCCGGAGCAGGAAAAUGCACCUUCCAGGUUACAGGCAAGGCCUACCCUCCAGAGUUCUACUAUGACACCUACAGCCCUCUGUGGCAGAACCGGCCCAGAGUCUACGGCUUCAAGCUCCAGUGGACCCAGAUGAACCCCAACGCCGUGGACCGCAUUGUCGCCUACAGACUGGGCAUCAGACAGAUGGGGAUGCAGCGCUGGUGGGAGCAGGAGAUCCCCGUGGAUGGAGCAAUCAACAAAGGAGAGCUCAUGACACACAACCUGACUGAGCUCAUAAAGCCUGAAUCCUACGAGGUGCGCCUCACCCCCAUCACUCGGUUCGGAGAAGGCGACUCCACCAUCCGGAUUGUCACGUACAGCGCUCCCAUCAACCCUCACCUGAGAGAGUUCCACUGCAGCUUUGAGGAGGAGCCCAUCUGCAUGUUCACCCAGGACAAGAAUGAUGAUUUUGAUUGGACGCGGCACAGCGCUGCUACCCGCGAUACCAAGUAUACGCCCAACACCGGGCCCAGUGGUGACCGCAGUGGUUCCAAGCAGGGUUUCUACAUGUACAUUGAGACAUCAAGACCGCGGAAGGAAGGGGACCAAGCACGGCUCAUAAGUCCGUUUUUCAACGUAGCACCUAAAAACCCUUACGGUAUCACCAACCCACCUGCCUACUGCUUUGGCUUCUUCUACCACAUGUAUGGAAAACACAUAGGAACACUAAACGCCCUCCUAAAACAGAGAGGCCAAACGGCCUCCGAGGGUCCCGUGUGGUCGCUAAACGGUAACCAAGGUGACCGCUGGAAGCAGGCAAAAGUAAGCAUCCAUCCGACGGCAUCAUUCCAGGUGGUACUCGAAGGUAUCCGAGGACCGGGCAUCGAGGGAGACAUCGCCAUCGAUGAUGUCACGCUGGAGGAAGGGGAGUGUCGAGACCCACCGCCCAAUCUCAGCUCCGAGGCUCCGUCCACAUCCUCCCAUAUAUGGCUGCUAUGCAUCACCUUGGUGAUGACCCUCCUGGAAGGUCAGAGGUGACCCUUCUCUCCGUCACCUCAGAGGCGAAUAUUCAGACCCACCGUCUGUGAACUAUACCCUCGGCAUCCAAUCACCAAAGAUUCAUGCAUCCUGAAAGCAGCAGGGGUCCCCUGCCAGACCACAGAGGGACCGGAGUUAAUGAAAGAGAGAAAAAAUCGUGAUAAAAAAGUGACACACAAAAAGUAAUAAAGAAGAUGCGCUAAUUUUUUAAAAGAGACCUCUUUUACAGAAUAACACUCCUCGGUGCGGGACUCUGGACGUCUUUACGAGCACAAAGACAGGUGGGUGAUGAAUACGCCUGGACUUUGGCGAAAGAGUUCACAAGCGUCGAGGGAGGAGAGUUUGUAAAGCACAAGAACAAUUUUAUGAAGUUAUGAAAAUAUCUUUAGAAGGGCGGCGGAAUAUAGACACUGCUGACUUUUUCAAGAGGAAAAUAACAUUUCCCUGCUUACGAAUACAUGGAAUCAGACCUUUCUCUGUGUAUCUUUAUCUUCAUUUUCUCGCACCAGAUGCCAAUCACCGACACUUGUUUUUCACUCUAGCCCGGCCUCACGUCACACCUUGGCAUUUCUUUAUCUGCUUGGUGCUGUACUGUAGAAAAAAACAAGGACUCUGGCAACAUUUAGUUCUGUCUGCUUACCCCCCCACCCCACCCACCCCCCCUUGUAGCUGCCUAUGUAUCUAUUAACACUGUGCUCACGAGUCUAAGUGGCCAACCGGCGGUAUGGUGGCAGAACGGCGAAUGCAGGAAGAAUCAGGUGUAGACGAGCUAGACUGGAGGGCAGAGGGGAAGUUGAAGCUCAGGAGCUGAAAUGAGAGGGAGAGGUUGAGGGGAGGAAGAGUGGAGGGAGAGGAGGAGCAGGCAGAGAGUAGAGAACGGUCCGAUUAGUGAGGCCCUGACUCGAAUAUUCAGUCGGCGGUGCGCCUGUGGAACAGAAGCCACUUUACUUUCUGCCAUGAAACAAAGUGCCUUCAGAUUACAAACCGAAUCGUGAGCCUGGGUGUUAAUCAACAUCGAACACAUCUCUGUUCAAGUUUCCUCUGAUGGGCUAUUUUCUACAUGUUUCUUUUGCCCCACAAGUGCUGAUGGGAGGGCAUGCGUGUUCAGAGGGAGUGUGGGGGUCGUGCUCCACCCGGAUUUAACUCCUGAUGGGACAGUCGUGUGUGUGUUUGUGUGCGUGCGAGUGUGUGUGUGUGUUUGUGCGUGUGCAUGCGCCUAAGCCUAUGCCUAUGCCUACGCGUAGUUCAAUGUGAGGGCAGCUGACCAGGAAACAAUUUGGAUAAAAACAGCGGUGAAAGUGAGGCUCUGGAUCGUUUUUUUUUUUCGCAGAAAGACAAGAUCAUACAGGAGGAUAAAGACACUUCGUCGAAUGAAUACCCCACUCUCUCUCUUCCCAUAAUUCUCCCUCCCUGCGGGCGAGCAUUUUUUUAACAAAAGAACAACUGCUGAAUAAAACAUUGCGUUGUACAGGGAGGAGAGCAGGAACUUUGGGGACUGCAGGCUCUUCAUUAGGGCGAUCCGCCUCGCCCCUAUCCUCCACCAUUUAUAUGGAACAAUACGAGAAUAAAAGAUAAUAAUGACCA